GCGAGCCCCGGGCUCAGAGGCGGCGGGGGACUCGCGGUCCUGGCGCUCGGGGCAGCCCGGCGGGGCCGAGCCCGAGGCGGCGGCCGGGCGGCGAUGCCGCUGGCGGCGGAAGACGCGCUGUACAUGGCGGUGGAGCUGGCGCUGGCCGCGCUGUCGGUGGCCGGCAACGUGCUGGUGUGCGCCGCGGUGGGCGCCUCGAGCGCGCUGCAGACGCCCACCAACUACUUCCUGGUGUCCCUGGCCGUGGCCGACGUGGCCGUGGGGCUGUUCGCCAUCCCCUUCGCCAUCACCAUCAGCCUGGGCUUCUGCACCGACUUCCACAGCUGCCUCUUCCUCGCCUGCUUCGUGCUCGUGCUCACGCAGAGCUCCAUCUUCAGCCUCCUGGCCGUGGCCGUCGACAGGUACCUGGCUGUGCGCGUCCCGCUCAGGUACAAGAGCCUGGUCACCGGCGCGCGGGCGCGAGGCGUCAUUGCCGGCCUCUGGGUCCUCGCCUUCGCCAUCGGACUGACCCCGUUCCUGGGCUGGAACCGCAGGGCCAUCGCCACCAGCAACUGCACGGCGUGCGGGGCGGGGCCGGGCAACGGCAGCUGCCGCCGGGUCAGGUGUCUCUUCGAGAACGUGGUGCCCAUGAACUACAUGGUGUAUUUCAACUUCUUGGGGUGCGUGCUGCCCCCGCUCGUCAUCAUGCUCGUCAUCUACGCCAAGAUCUUCACGGUGGCCUGCCGGCAGCUGCAGCGCACGGAGCUCAUGGACCACUCGCGGACCGUCCUGCAGCGGGAGAUCCACGCGGCCAAGCCCCUGGCCAUGAUUGUGGGCUUCUUCGCUCUGUGCUGGCUGCCUCUUCACGCCAUCAACUGUGCCACGCUUUUCCACCCGGGCUGGGCGAAGGAGAAGCCCAAGUGGGCCAUGAGCGUGGCCAUCCUCCUGUCACACGCCAACUCGGUCGUCAACCCCAUCGUGUACGCCUAUCGGAACCGAGACUUCCGCGCCACGUUUCACAGAAUCAUCUCCAGGUACGUCCUCUGCCAGACAGACGGCCUCAAGAGCGGCGGCGGGCAGGCGGGGGCGCAGCCGGCUCUCCCCCUAUGACCCCGGCUCUGGCCUCGUCCCCAAGGCACGCAUUCACAAUGACAAAGGGACGGGACACCGACGGGCCGGGCCGCUGCGCCCUGAGAAGGACCCACUCGGCCCCAGCCGCCAGCGGCUGCCUCUGUGGAGCCCUCCCUGGAGCCGCCACCUACCCAGUGAAAAUGUCCCCGUUACUGGUGGGUCCCGGGGUCGGCGAGGGCACGUGUGGGUCUCUCGGGCCGCUCUUCCCGAGGGGAUGAUGCUGCGGCUGGAAUGGACUGUCAGAGACUGAUUUGGGGGGGUCUUUUUUGGUACGAGUUCCACCUCUCUCAAUGGUGGGAGAUGCUCGAAACUAUUUUACUGUGAAACACCGUGAACUAUCACCGUACACAUGUUUUUAACUUAGAGGCAGUGGGCAAUUUGGGCAUGCGAAAAAUGUGUACUUGUUCCGAGGAAGGGGACCAGGAGAAGGACCCGUCUAAUCAGGACACUGCUGCCUUCACUGAGGCAGACGAUGCCCCCUGGCGUCUUAGGUUGAGUCCUGUCACGGGAGUUGGGACACGCUCUUCGGUAGAGAGUGGGUUUUACUUCUCUCCCAAGUUCAAGUCUGGCCAAGUUGCUGGAAACUUUAUUAAGUACAAUUAUGUGAUUGUCUCUGUAUAGUAGGUGGAAUAAAAAUAAAACUCAGAAAAAAACCCCAAA